UCGUCCUGUACCUGCCGCUGAUUUUCCGCGGGCCCCAGGCGCUGCGGGAGGUCGGAGCAGGUGAAACGAGUGAGCCGGCAGGUGUAUACUAGUUGGGCUUCAGCCAUGGAGAAAUUCUAUGGGCAUACAUCUGCCCGCUCACAUAUUCUCUCCUUGGAGAAUCGUUGCCUGGCCAUGCUUCCUGAUUUACAGCCCCUGAAGAAACCACAUAUGUCUGCCCACUCAGACAUCCUCUCCUUGGAGAACCGGUGCAUGGUUCAAAUUCCUGACCUGAAGACCAUGAAACAAUCUAACAGGCAUUUGUCUGUCCACUCAGAUAUCCUCUCCUUGGAGAAUCAGUGCCUGGUUACCCUCCCCACUGUAAAGAGCAUCUUGUCUGCCAGCCCCUUGCUCCAGUGCCUUCAGACAUCUCAAACGUUGCAAGCUAAUUUAUACAGUUUGAAUACCCACAACUACCUGUUCUCUGAGCCACCAAGCAGGACAGUUCAGUAUCUCUCCGAGGGACUAGACCUUCCUACUUGUCCCAAGACUCUGAAAUCCAUCUCUACUACAAAAAGAUUUCAGGAAACAACUUUGGGGCUUUGGUGCUAUUCAGAAGAAAAGGAAAAGCCAAAAGAAAAAGAAGAAGCAGAGACCCAAAUGCCUUUUUAUAGUCUAAGUUUGGGAGAGGAAGAAGACAUGGAGCCCCUGGGCCUAAAGCUCACAUCUGGGAAUUCUGAAUCUCAUCCUGAGCCCACUGAUCAACUCCUUCAGGAAAAGAAGAUGGUUCUACUGGGCUUACUAUGUUCUACUCUGGCCUCAAAUGUAAACAUGAAAGAUGCAAAUGACUCCACCCAAGCUUUGAUCCUUGAAGUCUGCAGAGAACUGGCUAUUUUGGAGCCUGAGUUCAUCCUCAAGGCAGCUUUGUACACUAGGCAACAGCUGAACAUACGGACUGUGGCCAAUAAAGUCUUGGCCAUUGCUGCCUUCUUGCCAGCCUGCCGCCCCCACUUGCGACGAUAUUUCUGUGCCAUUGUGUACCUGCCUUCUGAUUGGAUCCAGGUAGCAGAGUUCUACCAGGGCCUGGUUGAAGAAGAUGAGAACAAGCUGGUGCCCCUGCCUGCCUGCCUCCGUGCUGCAAUGACUGACAAAUUUGCCCAGUUUGAUGAGUACCAACUAGCUAAGUACAACCCACGGAAGCACCGUGCCAAGAAAAGACCCCCCUGCCCGGCCCGCCCUCCAAAAAUUGAGUGUCCGUUUUCUGAGAGGCGUUUUCCAAAGAGCCUUUGGCCACUUAAAAAUGAACAGAUUAAGUUUGAGGCAGCCUACAAUCCAGUACCAAAGAAAAACAGCCAGCCAAAGUUCACCCUGAAGAAGUUAGUACAGCGACUGCAUAUCAACAAGCCUGCCGAGCAUGUCCAGGCCCUGCUGGGCUACAGGUACCCCUCCAGCCUACAGCAGUUUUCUCAAAGUCACCUCCCUGGGCCAUGGGAUUCUAGCAGAGCUGGGCAGCGGAUGAAGCUAUCUAGACCAGAGACCUGGGAGCGAGAGCUGAGUCUUCGGGGCAAUAAAGCUUCUGUCUGGGAGGACCUCAUUGACAAUGGGAAGCUUCCAUUCAUGGCUAUGCUUCGAAACCUGUGCAACUUGCUGCGAGUUGGCAUUAGCACCCGCCACCAUGACCUUGUUCUGCAGAGACUCCAGCACUCGAAAUCUGUGAUUCAUAGUCGGCAGUUUCCAUUCAGAUUCCUUAAUGCCCAUGAUUCCAUUGAUAACCUUGAGACUCAACUCCGGAAUAAAGCAUUGCCCUUUCCCUCCAAUUUAAACCUGAUGAGGCGGAUAAUGAAUAGAAUCUUUAAAAAUAUCAAGAGGCCUGCUAAUCCAAGACACUUUCGCAGCCUAAGUCGUCGGCAGCUUCGGGCAGCUAUGGCAAUACCUGCGAUCUACAAGCAGCUGCAGUGGGAAAAGCUGAAAAUAGAAAAGAUCAGACAAUGUCAUGAUGAUGUUGAGAUGCUGGACAGGUACCGCCAAGCCUUGGAAGCAGCUGUGAACCUCUCAGUGAAGCACAACCUGCCCCUGCUGCCGGGCCGCACACUCCUGGUUUACCUGUCAGAUUCUGGUGCAGAUAGAAUCUGUCCCAAGAGUAACACACAAGGGCCCCAACUGAAUUAUGUGCUGCUGCUGCUGGGAAUGAUGAUGGCACGGGCAGAGCAGGUAAAGGUCUUGUUGUGUGGGAGAGGAACUCUGAAGACUGCAGAACUGAAGGCAGAGGAAGGUAUUCUGAAGACUGCUGGCAAACUCCAGGCUCAAGUCCAGGAGCUGGAGGAAAAUGAUGAAUGGCCUCUGUUUACUUUUGGGAAGUACCUGCUGUCUCUGGCUGUCCAAAGAGUCCCUGUCGACAGGGUCAUCCUCUUUGGCCAAACGAUGAAUGAUACAAUGCUCAAUGCAGCUAAACAAAUGAUUUGGCAGCAUGUGAAUUCCAAGUGUCUCUUCGUUGGUGUAGUCCUAAGGAAAGUGCAGUACAUGUCACCGAAUUUGAAUCCCAGGGAUGUGACACUCUCAGGCUGUACUGAUGGGAUACUGAAGUUCAUUGCAGAACAUGGGGCCUCUCAUCUUCUGGAACAUGUGGAUCAAAUGGAUAGAAUAUUCAAGAUUCCACCACCUCCAGGAAAAACACAGGUUCUGACUCUCCAGCCACUGGAAGAAGAUAUCCCAGGCCUUAUGGCUCCUAUUUCCCAACAUAGAUGGCACAACAUCCGGAUUUUCAUUUCUUCCACUUUCCGGGACAUGCAUGGAGAGCGGGACCUGCUGCUGAGGUCUGUGCUGCCAGCCCUUCAGGCUCGAGCAGCCCCUCACCGCAUCAGCCUUCAUGCCAUCGACCUGCGCUGGGGCAUCACAGAGGAGGAGACCCAUAGGAACAGACAAUUGGAAGUGUGCCUUGGGGAGGUGGAGAACUCGCAGCUGUUUGUGGGGAUUCUGGGCUCCCGCUAUGGCUACGUUCCCCCUAAUUACAACCUUCCUGACCAUCUUCACUUCCACUGGACCCAGCAAUACCCUUCAGGGCGCUCUGUGACAGAGAUGGAGGUAAUGCAGUUCCUGAAUCGAGACCAGUGUCUGCAGACCUCUGCCCAAGCUCUCAUCUACUUUCGGGAUCCCAGUUUCCUAAGUUCUGUGCCAGAUGCCUGGAGAUCUGACUUUGUUUCUGAGUCUGAAGAGGCUUCACACCGGAUCUCAGAACUGAAGAGCUACCUAAGAAGACAAAAAGAGAUUACCUGCCGAAGAUACUCCUGUGAAUGGGGGGGCGUGGCAGCUGGCCGGCCCUAUGUUGGGGGACUGGAGGAGUUUGGACAGUUGGUUCUUCAGGAUGUGUGGAAUAUGAUCCAGAAGCUUUAUGUACAGCCCAGAACCCAGCUAGAACAGCAAGUAUCCAUCCCAGAUGAUGACUUGAUCCAAGCCACCUUCCAACAGUUGAAGAACCCACUGAGUCCUGCCCGACCACGCCUUCUUCAGGACACAGUACAACAGCUAUUGCUAUGCCAUGGGAGACUGAGCUUGGUGACUGGGAAGUCAGGACAAGGCAAAACUGCCUUCUUGGCCUCCCUUGUGUCAGCCCUGCAGACUGCUCAUCAGGCCAAGGUGACUCCCUUGGUCUUUUUUCACUUUGCAGCGGCUCGACCUGAUCAGAGUCUUGCUGUCAACUUGCUCAGGCGCCUCUGUUCCCAUCUGCAUAGAAAGUUGCAAGAGCCCAGUGCCCUUCCCAGCACUUACCGAGGCCUGCUAUGGGAGCUGCACCAGAGGCUGCUGCCCAACUCUACUCAGUUCUUACAACCUGGCCAGUCCCUGGUCCUCAUUAUUGAUGGGGCUGACAGAUUGGUAGAUCAGAAUGGGCAGCUGAUCUCAGACUGGAUCCCAAAGUCCCUUCCUCGGUGGGUACAUCUGGUACUGAGUGUGUCAGCUGACUCAGUCCUGGGAGAGACCCUUGAGCAGAGCCAAGGUGCCCAUGUAGUGGCCCUGGGCCCUGUGGCUCCAUCUACCCGGGCCCAGCUGGUGAGAGAAGAGCUCGCACUAUAUGGGAAGCGGCUGGAGGAGUCACCUUUUAACAACCAGAUGCGGCUGCUGCUGGUGAAGCAGGGCUCAGCUCUGCCACUCUACCUGCACCUGGUCACCGAUCACCUGAGGCUUUUCACACACUAUGAACAGGUGUCUGAGAGACUGCGGGCCCUGCCAGCCACGCUCCCCCUGCUGCUUCAGUACAUCCUGAACACCUUGGAAGAAGAGCAUGGUCACAAUGUCCUUCCCCAAGCCUUUGCCACCCUGGAGGUCACACGUAGUGGUCUGACUGUGGACCAGCUGCAUGCAGUGCUAAGUGCAUGGAAGAUUCUACCUAAGGGGACUAAUAGCUGGGAGGAAGCAGUGACUGCUGGUAACAGUGGAGAUCCCUACCCCAUGGCUCCUUUCACCUACCUUGUCCAGAGUCUGCGCAGUUUGCUAGGGGAAGGCCCUUUGGAGCGGCCUGGCACCCGCCUCUGCCUCCCUGAUGGUCCCCUGAGGACAGCAGCUAAGCGUCGCUAUGGGAAGAGACCACGUUUAAAGAACACAGCAAACAUCCUCAUUGCAGCUCAGCUCUGGAAGACCUGUGAUCCUGAUUCCUCAGGCACCUUCCGAAGUUGCCCUCCUGAGGCUCUAAGAGACCUGCCUUACCACCUGCUCCAAAGCGGGAACCAUGGCCUUCUUGCAAAGUUCCUUACCAAUCUCCAUGUAGUGGCUGCACAUCUGGAAUUGGGUCUUGUGUCUCAACUGUUGGAGGCCCACGCACUUUAUGCUUCUUCAGUUCCUGAAGAGGACCAAAAGCUCACUGAUGUUGCUGUGUUCUGCACUUUCCUGAGGCAACAGGCUCCACUUCUCAGCCAGUAUCCACUGCUUCUGUGCCAGCAGGCAGCCAACCAGCCUAUUGAGUCACCUCUUUGUUGCCAGGCUCCCCUGCUGUCUCAGCGGUGGCCCUGCCAGUAUACACUCCAAUGGCUUAAUAAGCACCAAACUAUGGGGGGUCAGCAAAGCCUUAGCCUGACUCUGGCAAUUUCUUCAUCCCCCACUGCCGUGGCCUUCUCUUCCAAUGGACAAAGAGCAGCUGUGGGCACUGCCAAUGGGACAGUUUACUUGUUGGACUUGAGAACCUGGCAGGAGGAGAAAUCUGUGGUGACUGGCUGUGAUGGAAUCUCCUCUUGUACAUUUCUUUCGGACAAUGCCCUUUUCCUAACUGCCUUUGAUGGGCUCCUGGAGCUUUGGGACCUGCAGCAUGGUUGUCGGGUGCUCCAGACCAAGGCCCAUCAAUAUCAAAUCACUGGCUGUUGCUUGAGCCCAGACUGCCGACUGCUGGCUACUGUGUGCCUGGAAGGCUGUGUAAAGCUGUGGGACACAGUCUGUGGGCAGUUGGCAUUCCAGCACACAUGUCCUAAGUCCCUGAACUGUAUUGCUUUUCACCCAGAGGGCCAGCUCAUAGCCACAGGUAGCUGGGCUGGCAGCAUCAGCUUCUUCCAGGUAGAUGGACUUGAAGUCAUCAAGGAACUGGGGGCCCCAGGAGCCUCUGUCCGUACUUUAGUCUUCAGUGCUUCUGGGAAGGAUGUGAUUAUAGGCCGGCUGGAUGGGACAGUGGAGCUAUGGGCUUGGCAAGAAGGGGCACAACUGGCUACCUUCCCUGCCCACUAUGGCUUUGUUUCUGCUGUACUUUUCCUAAAUGCUGGAUGCCAGUUGCUGACAGCUGGAGAAGAUGGCAAGGUUCAUGUGUGGUCAGGAUCUCUGGGUCAGCCCCGUGGGCAACUGGGCUCCCUUCCCCUCUCUCCUGCCCUUUCUGUGGCUAUCAGCCCAUCUGGUGAUGAUGUGGCUGUUGGAUUCCGAGCAGAUGGCAUUAAGAUCUUCAGAAUCUCUUCAGGUUCCCAGGGGGCUCAGUGUCAACCACUGGCUAUGGCAGUGACUGCACUGGCCUGGCUCAGCCCCAAGGUGUUGGUGAGUGGUGCAGAAGAUGGGUCUCUGCAGGGAUGGGUUCUCAAGGACAGCUCCCUCCAGUCCCUUUGGCUCCUGUCCACAUACCAGAAGCCGGUGCUGGCUCUGGCCACCUCCCAGGAGCUUUUGGCUUCAGCCUCAGAGGAUUUUGCAGUGCGGCUGUGGCCAAAGCAGUUGUUGAUGCAGCCACUCAAGGUAGAUGACUUUCCCUGUGGCACUGAGCUCUGGGGACAUGAAGGUCCUGUGAACUGCUGUAGCUUCAGCCCUGAUGGAUCCAGCCUGGUCACAGGGGGCAGAGAUCGGAAUCUCCUCUGUUGGGAUGUGAGGACACCCCAAACCCCUGUUCUGAUUCACUCCUUCUCUGCCUGUCACCGUGACUGGGUCACUGGCUGUGCCUGGACCAAAGACCACCUGCUGGUCUCUUGCUCCAGUGAUGGCUCUGUGGGGCUCUGGGACCCAGAGUCAGGACAGCAAAUUGGUCAGUUCCUGAGUCAUCAGAGUGCUGUGAGCACUGUGGUGGCUGUGGAAGGGCACAUAGUAUCUGUGGACCGGGAUGGCACCUUAAAAGUGUGGGAUCAGCAGGGUGUGGAGCUGACCAGCAUCAUUGCUCACUCAGAACCUAUCAAUCACUGUGAUGCUGUCCUGGAGCCCUGCCCAGCUGGGCAUUCUGGAUCGGAGCUCCUUGUGGUAACCGUUGGGCUGGAUGGGUCUACACGUUUGUGGCAUCCACUCUUGGUGUGCCAAACACAUACCCUCAUGGGACACAGUGGCCCAAUCAGUGCAGCUGCUGCUUCAGAGACUUCAGGUCUCCUGCUGACCACCUCAGAGGAUGGUUCUGUACGGCUCUGGCAGAUACCCAAAGAAGCAGAUGACACAUAUAUCCCUAGGAGUUCUGCAGCCAUCACUGCUGUGGCCUGGGCACCAGAUGGUUCUGUGGCACUGUCUGGAAAUCAAGCUGGAGAACUAACUCUGUGGCAAAAUGCCAAGGUUGUAGCCACAGCACAGGCUCCAGGCCGAGUCAGUGCACUGAUCUGGUACUCGGCACAUACCUUCUAUGUUCUGAGUGCUGAUGAAAAGAUCAGUGAGUGGAAAGUGGAGUGGCUGAAAAGUUCAACCUCCAGAAAUAUCAGGCUUCACCUGAACCAAGUUCUACAGGAGGACUUGGGGAUCCUGAUGGGUCUGGCCUUGGCUCCUGAUGGUCAGUCCCUCAUCUUGGUCAAAGCAGACUUGAAAUUACUACAAAUGAAGACUGAUGAUGCUCCAUCUGUGAUCUGGGACCGGUAUGUGGAACAUCCUUUGAUAUGGUCUACCGACAAGGAGUAUGGUGUAUUUUGCUGUACCCAGCCAGGGGACCAUGGAUCUCUUUAUUUAUUGAAGCAAAAGGAAUCAGGGGAGUUUGAAGAGAGCCUGGACUUCAAGCUGACUUUAGAGAAUUUUACUAAGUCCUCAACCCAAAUAACUCAAGCCAAACCUGAAUCUGAGUCUUCAUUUUUGUGUGCUGGAUCUGAUGGGAUGCUCUGGCACCUGGCUGUGUGCUCCCGGGAAGGAGAAUGGACCACAGGGAACAUCUGGCAGAGGAGAACACCUAAAACACAGACUCCAGGAUCAGAUUCAUCAGUGUGCUCAGAGUUGGACAUUACUAUGGAUGUCUGGCCAGAAAUGCCACAUUUAAAAACAUAUCAGUAUAGAAAGAUCCACUCGGGUGCUGUCACUGCCCUCCAUGUGCUGCCUGAGUUGCUGGUGACAGCUUCAAAGGACAGAGAUGUUAAGCUGUGGGAGAGACCUAGUAUGCAACUGAUGGGUCUGUUCCGAUGUGAGGGGGCAGUGAACUGCCUAGAACCUUGGCUGGGGCCCGACUCUACCCUGCACCUUGCCGUUGGAGACACACAAGGCAACGUGUACUUUUUGUCCUGGGAACGAAAAUGCAGUCUUUAAAGAAAGAUCAUAUCACUUGUGCUAGAUAGUGCAAAGCCUGAAGACAGCAUUGACUUUUUAAGUAAGACUAUAAAAGUGAAAUUUUCUGGGCACUGUU